AUCCUACAGACAUCUCUAGGAACCCUCACAAACCCAGACACCCACGGACCUCCCCAGAGAUAUCUGCAGGCCCUCCCCAGAGACUCUCAAAAGAUCCCGAAAAAACACUCACAGAGAUCCCUCGAAUCCCUCUUAAAAGAAGUGAUCCCUCUAGGUUUCUCUCCUCUGGAUCCAAUGCAGUCCCCUCAGGAGACCUCGCCCACCCGUGAGGUGGCCAGACUGCUGUUGCCACGGAGACUACUGGGCGUUCCGGUUGCCACGGUGACGGAUGCACUACUCCCCAGCCUGGGUUCCACAGGCUUCAGUCAAGACCCUCCCUCCUCUGGCCUGGACCCACCUCGACCCACCUCCUCCCACCCUUCAGAACUGGCCACAGCUCCUUUGCGAAUUUCCGCAGGUGUCCAAGUUCCCUCCCAAAGUCGUAACUUGCAGGCAAGGCCUCUCACCACACAGCACCCGCAGCCAGGGCUCAUCUACAAUCAAGUGCCUCCUCUCCCUUGGGGCCAACAUUUUCUUUUCCCAGCUUCAGACAAGAUCCUGAUCUAAGGAUUUGUAACAGCUGAAACAAAGCCCAGAGAUGGAAGCAGACAAGGGCACAGAAGAGCCUCAUGUCACCACAGAGGAUGCAGAAGAGCACCCUUCUUCAAAGGACCCCUCUGCUGAGGACUCACAGGAGCCCCCUAUCCCUGAAAUCCCCUUAGAGCCCCUUGCCUCUAAAUCUCAUAUAGUGCCAUCCACUUCCCAGAUCCCUUUAGAGACCCACACCUCUGAAACCCCUUUGGAGCCUUCCAUCCCUGGGACCCCUUUAGCACUCUCUGCCUCUGAGGUCCCUCUGGAGACUCCGAUCUCGAAGGUCCCAGAGAAAGACCUUACUUUUCAUACUUCAGCACGAAGCCCUGUCCCUGGCUCUUCCUCCAAUGAUCUGAAGAAAGACCUCCUCUCUCACUCUCCAUCCAGUGAGGACACCUCUGAGUCCGAGGGCCUUCAAAAGCACCCCCUUUCAGGCCCUCCAGCCCAGGUUCACCUGGACACAUCUGCAAAAGAGAGGGAAGAGGAAGAAGAGAGCAAGAAAGGGGUGAAUGCCACUGACAGAACCACUCACAAAGCACAGCAUGAACACCAGCGGGGCAAGAAGAAGAGGAAGAAAGGAGUCAGCCGUUAUGCCGUCCACCCAGUGGUCCCUGCUCAGCAGGCAGAGCCGGGAGAAGCAGUGAAGGCAGUGCACAGAGAGAAGUGUGGUGCUCAGGUGAAUUAUCUUUUCCAGUGGGAGAAGGAUGCAGCCCUGAAUGCCAUCCAGACAGGUCUCUAUAUCGGCUGGCGCUGCCCCCAUUAUCUAUGGGACUGUUUCCGGAUCGGGGAGGAGUCCAAGUGCUUUUGUGGACACUUGCUGAGAGAGCACCAGAUCAUCUCAGACAUAUCUGUGCCCUGCAGUGUGGGCCAGUGCCGCUGCCUCGUGUUCUGCUUUAUCCCAUCACGCCCAGAGGAGGCUGUUGCUGCAGCUGCUUUGAGUCUAAUUUCCUCUGUGCGGCCUGUGACCGGCGCUGGGAGGAACAUGAAACUUUCUUUGAGACCGAGGAGACGCGGCGGCGAGGAGGGAGGCCUCACGGAGCAGACCACACGCCUUUCGCAGAGAUGUCUACCCUCCGAGAGGCCAUCAGCAACAACUCUGACUCGGAGGCCCCCCAGAAGCAGGCACCCUCUGACCAUCCCCACUCCUACCCUAAUCCCCCUGGGCUUCCACCCACCGUCCGGCCUGGCCCCAUGUCUGGGCCCCGUACCUGACCCUUUGACCUCUGCUCUUCCCUCUUCCAGGGACAGACAAUGCCUGGUGCAGGCCUCUGUGAUCCACAAUAAAGGGAAAGCCACUGGCAUCUGACUGGUUCUGUGUGAGGCAGAUAGAGCCCGCCCCAGGGAUAGGCUCCUUCGGACCUUCGAGUCCACACCACCUACUGAGGGGAGAGAGCAGACCAAGUGGGAGAGAGGCUGGAUCGGGUCAUCCGCCUCCUCCACACCCACAUUCAAGAAGGGAGGGGAUCUCAAGGAUAGAGUGAGCAGUGAUGUUAGAGACAGCCGGGGGCUCCAGUUAAGACAAAGGCUGAAAAGUGGCCACUGGAUUGUGCAAUGAGAAGGCCUCUGGUGACUUUAGUUAGAGUAGUUUCAGUGGUGCAGUGGAGGCAGGAACCAAACAGCAGUGCGUGUGAAGGAAUUUUUGUAAAAGGCUUAGAUGAAAAGAGCAGAGAAGAAGUCAGACAAUAGCUACAGGGGGAUGUGGAGUCAAGCAAGCAUUUUUUCGGAGGAAAAAGGGAGGGGCCAGUAGAGAAAAAGACCUGAAGGAUGCAGAAGAGAGAGAUGCCUGGUGAGGCCAGAUCCCAAAGAUGGAAGAAAGGGAUGAGGUCAAGGCACAGGUGAAGGGAUUCACUCUGGACAGGAGAUACCACUCCCUAAGGGAAGGAGGGAAGGAAGGAAGGAAGGAGCCUCCACUGAGCUACAGGGAGUAGGAUCUUGUGGAAAUUCCCCUGUGAAGGAGGAGACAAGGUGAGUUGCUGGUGAGGGAGGAGAGAGAGAAGAGUGGGCAGUAGGAGACGGGAAGAGAGCAGUAAAGGUUUGGAAAGACGAAUGAGAGGCACUGGAGAAAAACCUAACCAGCGGGUCAUUCAGGUACAGGUGGAAACAGGAACCUAGUUAGAGAAGCAAAGAAGCCAAAUCUUUAGAUUAAUGGGUGGUGAUGGGAAGGGUGGAAGGGAGAAUGAUCAGGAAAAUAAGGCGAAAGACCAGUCAGAAUGGCCAUCAUCAAAAAGUCGACAAACAGAGAGUUCCCUUGUGGGCCAUAAGUUAAGCAUCGGGUAGUGUCACUGUAGCAGCUUGGGUCACUCUGUGGCACAGGGUUCAAUCCCUGGCCUGGAAACUUCCACAGGCCCCAGGCACAGCCCAAAAUAAAUAAAUAAAGUCUACAAACAA